CAUGGCAGAUAGAAACCUGAAAGCUGAAAUGAAAUCGAUCUAAAUGUCAUUCGACUCCAAGUAUAAUUUAGAAAGUGUACUUAAAACAGCAGCUUCUCCAAUCCCGAUUCGACAGAGUAUGAAAAAAGGGUAAGAACAGGAUUGUUUUAACCUUUGGCUAAAUGUGAGCUGUCCCGCAAUUUACAUAGAUUUUGGUCGUCUGCUUGGAAUCGUAGUCUGCUUAUGAAAGACGAACCAGAAAACUUUGGUUGAAACAUGACAAAUUCUUCAGUGAUGACUCGGAUUUCCCUGGUUAGUUUUGCAAGACUAAGACAAGUGCAAGCGAUCCCCGAGCAUGCUGGUCGUGUCCUGUUUCCUGUAGCAAAGCGAGGUUUCCACCGUCUUUCGGAUAUCUUACGAUGUCAACCAUUAGUGACAGAGUUACAACACAAUCCAUGUACAUACCAGAGAGCUUUGAAACAUACUUCUAAAUUUUCUCGUGGCAAAGAAGGAAAAGAACAACCUAUAGAUAAAAAUGAUGAAGAGGAUGAUGAUUCAACAACAGACAUCACCGAGCUGGAUCCAGAAAUUCUUUCUGACGUGGAUGGCAAAGAUGUUAAAAUAGUGAAGAAAAAAGUCAAUUCAUUGAGACUUGACAGCCUUCUAAAAGCAGGACUUGGAACUGCUAAAAAUAAAAUAGACACAGCCUUCUAUGAAAGCAAAAUUCGGGUAAAUGGUGAGAAACUUUUCAAGAAGAGUAAACGGAUGGAAACUGGAGAUGAGAUCGAUUUGAUUAAAGGCCCUAAUGUAAUAAACCCCGCCUUUCUCGACGUUGGCCGUGUUGUUAUAUUAAAGGCGGAUUACGCCUCUGACUUGGAGAAGGUCACAGUUGUGCUCAAACGCUACCGAUUGCUUACUAUUGAAAAUUAUCCAAAUCCUUAUAAAACAAGUACCUCUUAGUAAUGUUAAUCGAAAUUGUAUUUAAUUAGAUACAACAAAUGUAAUUAGAUCAUUCAAAAUGAAA